AUGAAUAGUGGAACUAUUGCCUGGUAUUAUCAAUCGGAAUUGAAUCCUUGGCCAAACAUAUCAACCAUUGAUGCGAAUCUAAAGCAAUGGACUAAAUAUCGAGAUCUUGAAAUAGAUCUUAUUGAAGAAGCCUAUCAAGAAAAAAAAUCACAUGUAAUAUUAGAUCGAUAUCGAAUUGAUUUUAAACAUUUUAUUCAAAUAAAUCUAAAUGAUGAAACAAAACAACGACCUGUUAAGCGUGAAACAAUUUCUAAUCGUAUAGAAUGUUUACGUGAAAAUCGUUUUGGUUCAACGAUUUCAAUAACAUCAUCAUCAUCUUCUUCUUAUGGUAAAUUUGAUGCUUGGUGUCCAUUUUUAAUAGCUUGGCUACAUUCUUCUUCUGGUAAACAAGCUUUUGUACAUUUUCCUAAAUGCAUUGAGAAAUGUGCCGAAGGUAUUAUAAAAGAAGCUAUUUUACAUGAUAGCCAUAGUCAUAUGGAAGCAAGAUAUAUGGCUGAAAAACUUCGUCAAUAUUCAAAAAAAUCUCGUAUUGAAAUAGCUGAACUAUGUAUUCAUUUCUAUACAAAAGAUAGUUUUCUAUAUUUUGUUCUAAAUAAAGCAUUACGAGAACAUGAUUGUUUAAAAUUAGAAACACUUGGUCCAUUAUGUUAUCUUAUGCGUAAUUAUUCUCGUCUUUCACAAGAUUAUAUCGGUGAAUGGAAAACUUGGCCAGCAUAUACAUCAACUAGUAAGGAUCGUCAAAUGGCUGAAAUAUUUGGAAAUACUCUAUUUAUUAUUGAAAUAACUGAUGUUAAACUUAGUUCACCACGUGCUUAUGAUAUUGCUUAUAUAUCAAAUUAUCCGAAUGAAAAAGAAGUUUUGAUACCAGCUGGUGUUUCAUUUUAA